AUGGAGGGGACACCCAGUCGAGGGAAGGGGACACGGGAAGGGGACAUUGUCAUCAAGAGCUGGGGGACAUUGCGGUGGCACAUCCCUGCCGAGGGCUCGGGGACGCGGAGGGGACAUUGCGAUGGCACAUCCCCGCUGGGGGACACGGCCAGGGCGGGCAGAGGGACAAGGAGGGGACCCGCGCGGGGCAGGGGCGAUGCCGCGGUCCCGCCCCCGGUGCCCCCGGGCUCUAUAAAGGUGCGGGAGGCGCUGCCCGCGGCCCCCGCGAUGUCGCCCCCGGCCCCGGCGCCCCCCGGCCGCUCCUUCACCAUCGCGGCUCUGCUGGGGCGCUCCUCGCCCCCCCCGGGGCCGCCGCCGCUCUGGGGGUGCCCCCCGGCCCCGCUGCUGCCGCCGCUCUGCGCCCCCUCCCGCGGGGUCCCCCCGUCCCGCGGGGUCCCCCCACCCUGGGCCGCCCGGCUCGGGGCUACAGGCUUCCUGAUCUCCAAAUGCUGCUUCCCCCUGUUCAAAGCCAAGCCUGGCAAAGCCAAGCGUGUCCGGACCAUCUUCAGCAGCCAGCAGCUGGCGCGGCUGGAGCAGGAGUUUGCACGGCAGCAGUACCUGGUGGGGCAGGAGCGCUGCCUGCUCGCCUCCUCCCUGCACCUCACCGAGGAGCAGGUGAAAGUCUGGUUCCAAAACCGGAGGAUCAAGUGGAGGAAACAAAGCCUGGAACAGCAACAAACCAAACUGGCCAAAAUGGGUUUGGGCACCCCACAGAGGAGCCCAGACUCGCAGAGCCACCACGAGGAGGACAAGGACUUCCCAGGGGACAGCCUGGUGGACACGUCUGUGUCCCCUGGCUCAGGGAAACCUGCACAGACUGUGACAAAGAGCUGCUGA